AUGAGUCUUAGUAAAGAUGUUUACCUUUUGUCUCAGUUGCUCGUCUGGACUCUUGAAGAGUGUCUCAAAAAGUGUUCCUAUCAUGGGUAUAGUCAUAUAGCCACCAAGCGGAAAGAAUCGUCGAUAUGACUCUUUCAGCUGUUCAAGCGUAUAUGGUGCUUUUCUACACCCGAGUUCUUCUAA